AAGAGUUUGAGUUGUCUCGCCACGUUUCCAUUGCACGCUGUCGUAGCCGCCUCGCAUUAGCAGGGCACAGUGGACAGAUCUUCAGCGAGUUGCAUCAGCAAGAGGAGAAAAUCUGUCUGGGGGUCGGGUUACACUACACUCAGUGGAGCUGAGCUCACGAGUACCCCAAAAGUAAAUCGCCAGCAACACAGCCUACUACCAAAAUAAGCUGAAACUAGCUCUAAUUGGACAGAGUUUGUUUGGACAAGAGGUGUACUCCAACCUACGGAAACAAGGCCAUAAGGUGGUGGGCGUGUUCACAGUUCCAGAUAAGGAUGGCAAGGCAGACCCCCUGGCGCUGGCGGCGGAGAAGGACGGCACGCCGGUGUUCAAGUUUCCGCGCUGGCGCGUGAAGGGCAAGCCCAUCCCCGAAGUGGUGGAGGCCUACAAGGCGGUGGGCGCCGAGCUCAACGUCAUGCCCUUCUGCUCGCAGUUCAUCCCCAUGAACGUCAUCGACAACCCCAAGCACGGCUCCAUCAUCUACCACCCCUCCAUCCUGCCCAAGCACAGAGGGGCCUCUGCCAUCAACUGGACUCUGAUUGAGGGGGAUAAGAAGGCUGGCUUCUCCAUAUUCUGGGCUGACGACGGGCUGGACACUGGCCCCAUCCUGCUGCAGAGGGAAUGUAAUGUGGAGCCCAACGACACUGUGGACACCCUUUACAACCGCUUCCUUUACCCAGAGGGCAUCAAGGCCAUGGUGGAGGCUGUGAAUCUGAUUGCGGAUGGGAAAGCACCUCGGGUGACCCAGCCUGAGGAAGGAGCUUCAUACGAGGGCAUCCAGAAGAAGUCCAAUGCCAAGGUGAAUCUGGCCCAGUCGGCUGAGGCCAUCCACAACUGGAUCCGCGGUCACGACAAAGUCCCUGGAGCCUGGACCGUCAUCGAUGGACAGACGGUCACUCUGUAUGGCUCGUCUCUGCUGGGCGGCUCGGUGCCUAAGGGUCAGCCUCUGGAGGUGGAGGGCGCAGCUCAGCCCGGACUCAUCACCAGCGGAGGGCUCGUCCUCUUUGGAACCGACGGCAAAGCGGUCCAGGUGAAGAACCUGCAGUUUGAGGAUGGGAAGAUGAUUCCUGCCUCCAAGUACUUCUCCUCCGGAGAGAGCAGCAGUGUGGAGCUCACCGACGAGGAGAAGAAGAUGGCUGAGGAGAUCCGGGCCAUCUGGAAGGGAAUCUUGAGCAACGUCGCAGCCAUCGAGGACACAACCGACUUCUUCAAGUCCGGGGCAGCCUCUAUGGACGUGGUGAGGCUGGUGGAGGAGAUCAAGCAGAAGUGCGCUGGUGUGGAGCUGCAGACGGAGGAUGUGUACAUGGCCACCACCUUCCAGGAGUUCAUCCAGGUGUUUGUGCGCCGCCUCAGGGGGGAGGACAUGGAGGAGGAGCUGGUUAUCGAUUACGCAAUUAAAGAAGUGAACAACAUGACUGUGAAGAUGCCAUACCAGUGUUUCAUCAACGGCAAGUUUGAGGACGCAGAGAAUGGCAAGACUUGUGACACCAUCAACCCCACAGAUGGCUCUACGAUCUGUAAGGUGGCGUACGCCUCCGUAGGGGAUGUGGACAGGGCCGUGGCAGCCGCCAAGGACGCCUUUGAGAUAGGACCAUGGGGCAAGAUGAACCCCCGCGACCGUGGCAGACUACUCUACAACCUUGCGGACCUGAUGGAGCAGCACCAAGAGGAACUGGCCACCAUUGAGACCAUUGACUCCGGCGCCGUAUACACACUGGCCCUCAAAACACACGUGGGCAUGUCCAUCCAGACAUUCAGAUACUUUGCUGGCUGGUGCGACAAAAUUCAGGGCACAACGAUACCCAUCAACCAGGCCAGGCCCAAUCGCAACCUGACCUUCACUAAGAAGGAGCCCUUGGGUGUGUGUGCUAUAGUUAUCCCCUGGAACUAUCCCCUUAUGAUGCUGGCUUGGAAGAGUGCUGCCUGUUUAGCAGCUGGAAACACACUUGUCCUGAAGCCUGCUCAGGUGACCCCUUUGACGGCGCUGAAGUUUGCAGAGCUGGCUGCCAAGGCUGGCAUCCCCAAAGGUGUCAUCAACAUCGUGCCUGGCUCAGGUGGCUUGGUUGGCCAGAGGAUGUCCGAUCAUCCUGACAUCCGUAAGCUGGGCUUCACUGGCUCCACUCCCAUUGGCAAACAGAUCAUGAAGAGCUGUGCGGUCAGUAACCUGAAGAAGGUGUCUCUGGAGUUGGGCGGGAAAUCCCCUCUCAUCAUCUUCAGCGACUGUGACAUGGACAAGGCCGUGCGCAUGGGGAUGAGCUCAGUAUACUUCAACAAGGGGGAGAACUGCAUCGCUGCAGGCCGCCUGUUUGUAGAGGAGUCUAUCCAUGACGAGUACAUCAGCAGAGUGGUGGAGGAGAUCAAGAAGAUGAAGAUCGGUGACCCCCUGGAUCGCUCCACAGACCACGGCCCCCAGAAUCACAAAGCCCACCUGGACAAGCUGGUCGAGUACUGCGAAAUCGGGGUCAAGGAGGGGGCCACGCUGAUUUAUGGGGGGCGACAGGUGCCAAGGCCAGGUUACUUCAUGGAGCCCACAGUGUUCACUGAUGUGGAGGAUCACAUGUUCAUCGCCAAAGAAGAAUCCUUUGGGCCAGUCAUGGUGGUGUCCAAGUUCAAAGAUGGGGACGUUGAUGGCGUGUUGAACCGAGCGAACGACACAGAGUUUGGCCUGGCAUCCGGUGUGUUCACGCGGGACAUCAACAAGGCUCUCUAUGUGAGCGAGAGGCUGGAGGCAGGAACCGUCUUCAUCAACACCUAUAACAAGACUGACGUGGCCUCGCCAUUUGGUGGCUUCAAGCAGUCCGGCUUUGGGAAGGACCUCGGAGAGGAUGCUCUUCAUGAAUACCUCAGGACCAAAGCAGUGACUGUGGAGUACUGAGCCCAGAUUCCUCUGUGAACUUUUCCUAUGGUGGCAAAUCAGCGUAUGCUGGUUGGAUCUGCUGGCAGUUGAUCUAGGAUCUCAGCUCUGGCUUCGCUAAUGGCUUGGGUUCAAGCUGAGGGAAAAAGCUUAGUCUGCGACUACGUUGAUGUGCCUACACCUUUUUUUUUUUUUAAAGAACACGGAAAAAUCAAGAACACUCUUUAGAAAACCCUCUGUUCUGUUCUGUUCCAGGAACUUUGUUCUGCUUUCUCACUUAUCCCAAACCACAUUGGAGUGAAUCCACUCUCUCAAAUUUCUCAAGAGAAAUGGAACGUGCCAUCAUGUUACAAGAUUCAGAGCGUUUUUAUAGAAAAAUAUAUAUGAAGUCAUGUUUUAAUGGACCGUUACCGUACAGUGUGAACAUCAUAUUUUAUCACCUUGGAUGUAAUUUAAAAUAAUAUAUUUGACACGUUAUGUGCCCAUUUGAUGGCUUUUAACAAGUUAUCAGAUGUUUAGAGAUUUUUAAACAUUACCAGCAUUUUACAGGUUGAACUCACUUUAGUAGUACAGGCCCCCUCCAUUGUAGUGUUUUCUAAAAGAAAUCUAAGUCUGUGUAAAUAUUUUAUUUGGGGAGAAUAAAUGCUGCAGUCUAGUGAUUGCUGAAAGUGUU